CGCACCCCUUUAUAUGAGGCCAGGCACCCCUCAUCUCCCUUCCUCCCUGCUCUUAACGUUGGUAACAGUAACACCCUACACCAGUACUGUCACCACUUUGCCAGGCGCCGUCUCUCUCUCACUGCAGUAAUAGUUAGUACAUCACCAUCUUUACAAGCCCUGACCACAAACACUGAUCUACAUCUCCCACACCAAAAUUCAAAAUGUUGGUUUCAUCAAAUCUAUCACUACCUCCUUGGCUUCAAGCACUUCUUACAGAGAAAUUCUUCAAUGCUUGUGUAAUUCACGAAGGAGCAAGAAAGAAUGAAAAGAACAUAUUUUGCUUGGACUGUUGCAUCAGUAUCUGCCCUCACUGUCUGUCUCCACACGGCUCUCACCGUCUCUUGCAGAUAAGAAGAUAUGUAUAUAAUGAUGUUUUAAGGGUAGAUGAUGCUCAGAAAUUAUUCGACUCUGCAUUUGUUCAAUCCUAUACUACAAACAGUGCAAAAGUGAUAUUUUUAAAUCAAAGGCCACUAACAAGGCCAGUGAAUAUCAGAGGCAACAUUUGUAGCAGGUGUGACAGAGGUCUGCAAUUCCCUUAUCUAUUUUGCUCCAUUUCUUGCAAGGUUGAUCAUAUUUUGAGAACAGAAGGUGUAAGUGGGCUUUCAAGUUUCUUGUAUGAUUGUAAGUUCUUGCCUUUGUCUGAACCGCGUUCAGAUGACGGCUUAAUGACUCCAGUUUCGGUCCUUGAACCGGCCGCAUCGAGCAAGACAAGUUCUAGUUCAGGCGGGGAUGGUGGGGUUGCUUGCAGGGCUCUUGCCUGUACUGCAACUACGGAGAUUGUGAGAAAGAAAAGGAGUAGCUUGACAAAUUCAUGCCGGACGAUGUUUCCAAGAGAUACCGUAAUAUCGACCAUUUUAAUGAACCGGAGAAAGAAGGCACCGAACCGGGCUCCUCUUUAUUGAAUUGACCGUGGCCGGCCUCCUACUAGCACAUAGGGACUGGGAAAGAAGAAAGUGGCACGGGGAGGCUUGUCUAGAAUUGGUAAUUUGCUGUUUCUGGGAGGGUGAGUUGGGGAUUAGCACAAGGAAAAGGAAAAUGAAAUCCUCUCACUUCUGCCGAGGGAUUUACUGGUGGGUAGCCUUGGGGGGAGGGAUCUCAUGGCAGAUCAAAAUCACAUUCGAGGCCUCUGUUUUUUUUUCUUUCUCUUCUUCCUUUCUGUUACUUAUAAUAGAGUUACUACAGGGAGUAACAGUGACAGGAGGACCCUGUUUUAUUGCCUUUUUCUUCUGAUUGAUGGGGUAAUUGUCAUAUACAAGUUGCCGAUUAUCAUUUCCUUUCUAUACUUUUAUAGCUAUCAAAUUCAAAUGUCCUGCUUUUCAAGGGGCAA